GUGUGAGGAGGACUGGCCUAUCCUUGCAGGGACCUUAAGAAAAAAAUGUGGGAGCCUUAGAGAGCUGAGAGAGGCCCCCUGCGGAGAGCCAGCAAGGAGCGGGGACCUCACUUCUACAACUUCAAGGACCUGGAUUCUGCCCAUAAGCAGAAGGAACUUAGGAGACGAGCCGCGGUUCUAGGUGCGCACGCAGCUGCCCGGCACCUCGUUUCCAGUCUGGGGAGACUGAGCAGAGAGCGCAGGUUCCUGGUGGUGCCUGCUUCCUCUUCUAGUUUGUUUAGUCACCGAAUUGGAUUCCCGUUGACCCAUUCGGCGCCUAGCCCGCGGCCCGGGGCUCGGCUGAAACGCGGGAGGCUCCUGCACGCCUGUAUAAACAGAAACCAGCUGUAACUCGAGGUCAGGGCGCACGAACGCGGGCCACUGGAGAGUCGGCAGCGCCCAGGCCCCAGGCCCCGCGGCGAAGGCCCCGGCAAAGGUCAGGGCUGCGUCCGCGUGACGUUCCUUCCUGCGCUGUCCCGGCCAUGCUCUGGCCCAGGUAACGGAGGCGUUAGAGGGACACCUUACACCAGGCCACCCAGCAGAGAGCAGCCACUGCCUGGCCCACUGAGGAGGUUCGGAUCUGCUGCAAGGGGCACUCCAGAAAUUGAGUAGAGAGUCUCAGGCGAGCUCCCUGAGUUUUCCUGUAUAAUCGUGUUCUGCAUUGCAUAAAGAAUCAGACGCACCCAGUUGGUGGUUUUGGGUUCCUACCAGCCGUGGAUGCCUUUGCCAUUAUGACCGCAGAGGAUUCCACCGCAGCCAUGAGCAGUGACCCCGGUGCUGCCGUGGCCUCGGCCAAGGUGCCCGAGGGCGUGGCAGGCGCGCCCAAUGAGGCAGCGCUGCUGGCGCUGCUGGAGCGCACGGGCUACAGCAUGGCGCAGGAGAACGGGCAGCGCAAGUACGGCGGCCCCCCGCCCGGCUGGGACGGGCCGCACCCGCAGCGCGGCUGCGAGGUCUUCGUGGGCAAGAUCCCGCGCGACGUGUACGAGGACGAGCUGGUGCCCGUGUUCGAGGCGGUGGGCCGCAUCUACGAGCUGCGCCUCAUGAUGGACUUCGACGGCAAGAACCGCGGCUACGCCUUCGUCAUGUACUGCCACAAGCACGAGGCCAAGCGCGCCGUGCGUGAGCUCAACAACUACGAGAUCCGCCCGGGCCGCCUGCUCGGCGUGUGCUGCAGCGUGGACAACUGCCGCCUCUUCAUCGGCGGCAUCCCCAAGAUGAAGAAGCGCGAGGAGAUCCUGGAGGAGAUCGCCAAGGUCACCGAGGGCGUGCUCGACGUCAUCGUCUACGCCAGCGCGGCCGACAAGAUGAAGAACCGCGGCUUCGCCUUCGUCGAGUACGAGAGCCACCGCGCGGCCGCCAUGGCGCGCCGCAAGCUCAUGCCCGGCCGCAUCCAGCUGUGGGGCCACCAGAUCGCCGUGGACUGGGCCGAGCCCGAGAUCGACGUGGACGAGGACGUGAUGGAGACCGUGAAGAUCCUCUACGUGCGCAACCUCAUGAUCGAGACCACCGAGGACACCAUCAAGAAGAGCUUCGGCCAGUUCAACCCGGGCUGCGUGGAGCGCGUCAAGAAGAUCCGCGACUACGCCUUCGUGCACUUCGCCAGCCGCGAGGACGCCGUGCGCGCCAUGAACAGCCUCAACGGCACCGAGCUCGAAGGCUCGUGCCUGGAGGUCACGCUGGCCAAGCCCGUGGACAAGGAGCAGUACUCGCGCUACCAGAAGGCGGCCAAGGGCGGCGCCGUGGCCGAGGCGGCUGCGCAGCCGCCCAGCUACGUGUACUCGUGCGACCCCUACACGCUGGCCUACUACGGCUACCCCUACAAUGCGCUCAUCGGGCCCAACAGGGACUACUUCGUGAAAGCAGGCAGCAUAAGAGGCCGAGGGCGAGGUGCAGCCGGCAACAGGACCCCAGGGCCCAGGGGUUCCUACCUCGGGGGAUACUCUGCUGGCCGUGGGAUAUAUAGCCGCUACCACGAAGGGAAAGGAAAGCAGCAAGAAAAAGGAUAUGAACUUGUGCCCAAUUUGGAAAUCUCUGCCGUCAAUCCGGUUGCCAUUAAACCGGGUACAGUGGCCAUCCCUGCCAUUGGGGCCCAGUAUUCCAUGUUUCAGGCAGCUCCGGCCCCUAAAAUGAUUGAAGAUGGCAAAAUCCACACCAUGGAGCACAUGAUCAGCCCCAUUGCCGUGCAACCAGACCCGGCCAGCGCCGCCGCCGCCGCCGCCGCCGCCGCUGCCGUCAUUCCUGCCGUGUCAACGCCGCCACCUUUCCAGGGUCGCCCAAUAACUCCAGUCUACACCGUGGCUCCUAACGUCCAGAGAAUUCCCGCGGCUGGGAUCUACGGGGCCAGUUAUGUUCCAUUUGCUGCUCCAGCCACGGCCACCAUUGCCACACUACAGAAGAACGCGGCAGCUGCGGCCGCCGUGUACGGGGGCUACGCGGGCUACAUACCUCAGGCCUUCCCCGCUGCUGCUAUCCAGGUCCCCAUUCACGACAUCUACCAGACGUACUGAGACUGGGGACGGGCGCGAAGACCGAGCACGAAGCCACCGCCCAAGGAACACUUGACUAUUUAUGAAGAAAGCCCGUGUUGGAUUAGCACACAUGUGAAACCUGAAAGUGAAGAAUGUUAUCAAAUCGCAUCUGGAAAUAUUUUAUAGACAUGAAGUUUUCAUGAGUUUUUAAAGACUGUUCAAUUCCGCAGGCCUGUGUUCAUACAUUUCUAAGAGACUCGCAAAUGGUUUGUGCCUUAAUACCAUCUUUGAAAAAUUUAUAUGCUGUACUACAUUUGUAUAGAGGUUUUUGUUUGUUGUUUUUUAAGGAUAUAUUUUCAGUAUGAAGGUUAUUUUCUUAACUUCUGCACUCCAGAGAUGUCUAUUUUGUAGUACCUUCCAUUAAUAUAUCAACUAUAUAUUAAAAAAAAGCACACCCAAGCAGCUAGGAAACUAUUUUGAAAAAUAUCUUCAAUAUUUAAAGAUGCAAACAGUAGUGCUUUAAAAUCCUACAGAAAACAUUAUUUUAAAGGUUAUACUGGAAAGUGCAAUUUUAAAAUGAGUCAAACCUCUGUUGUAUUUCUGCUGGCAUUAAGGGUUGAUGGUGUGCCCGCGUGUGUUCCACGAUGGUUCUACUUUUGAAAAGAAAUUAAACACUCAGUCUCUCCUUAAGCCAACUGUUAAAAGACUUGUCACAUUUCCGAGUCCCACACUGGAGAGCUCUCGCCUGCCACCGUUACCUUGGGCUCAUUUGCCACGUGCCUUGACUUCUACACGUGACCUCCACCUUCCCCCCUCCUCCCUCAACCUCCAUGUUUGGCAAGUCUCAGAUAACCGAAUAACCCGAGAGAAAACAACUGGUGGCCUUUAUACUUCUUCCUGGGUUUUUGUUGGGGUUUUUUUGUGUUCUUGUAUUUUUUAUUUUUUUUUUUUAUUUUUGGGUUAGGCCGGUACUAUCUUCUAUGUGUGCUAUUUUCAAUAAGAGUACACGUAAGCACAAGGUUUUAUAAGGCAUCUUUGCAUAGCUAUUUAAUUGUCAAGUAUAAAACCUUAAUUCCCUUUCUAGUGCUUUUAUUUUAUUCAUUUUUUGAAGUAUAAGUUUUUAGAGACAAGGAAUGUAUGUUAUUGUAGACAAGACUUCCCCCCGCCCCCCACCAAGACCCUGUCAGCAGGAAGUUUUCCGUCUUGGUAGUUGCCUUAUCAUGUUCCAUGCAAAAUGUGUGUAGUUCUCAAGGGUGUUGGAAAUAUUAUGUUUCUUGAGCAGGGAUUUUCCUCCAUUGCUGUGCACAUCCAGGAGGAGGAAGACCUAUAGGAGUUAAAAAGAUAGUCUGUCAUUAUCUUCUAAUGCUGGGUUUUAGUCCUUUUAUAAGUUGCAGAAGUUCAUGGUUUGUAGUUUAAUGCAAAAUGAAACCAUUUACUUCAACGCUAUUAAAAGGUCUAUUAUAUUAGGAAGUACAUGUAUCGCAGUGUCUUGUGCCUCUUUAAAGGCUUCUGUUUAGCAGAGUGAAUGUAAAAUACAGUAAAAUGUUGAGAUUGUCAUCUGCUUUAUGAAAUACAUCAACUUGGGAUUUUUUUCCCAAAGGCCCUAUCAAGGAAGUGAGGUGUGCAAUAAGGUAGUGAAUACACAGUUGUGUUUUUAUGUCAUGUUAGAGAUCAUGAAAUCUUUCACUGGAUUUUUUUGUUUAUGGCUGAAUUCUUAUUUGUGGAUUAAAAUAGGAUCAUGCCCUUAGCAAAUAUUUAGGUGUUUUUUUUUUAUUAAGAGAUUUCUAAAUGCCUUUCCCCCUCUCAUCUUGGCAUGAGAUGAGUUUUUAUAUAUAAGGAAUAUUUAUUUAACUAUUCUAUAAAACUAUUGAGUGCCUACUAAGGCCUUUAAACAUUCCUAACAUUCUUAAAUGACAUAAAGUGAUUGUGCAAUGUUGUUGUUGACGUACCCAGCAAGCUGCAUCCAAACUUGAAUCUCCUGACAGGAGGAAUCCAACACAAGGCAGUUUGGAACAGAGCCUCGCCCUUGACUGUGUGAAAGACAUGGUCCCCUUCCAGGGAAGGACUGUCCCGGAGGGUCCUGGGAGGGAACCCGGCCCCAGUGUUCUUACUGUAUUUUACAUGUGCCUGUAAAUUAUUUGCAAAAAAAAGAAAAAGGCAAAAAAGUGGUAUCUUAACAUGGCCAUUGCCAAACUACCUUCAACCCAACGGUGACGUGGCCAGUUGAGUAUCAGUGAGCCUGUGUGUGUCUCGUCUGUUCCUGUUGUUUCACAACCAUUUCAUGCACACUACUGAGGUAAGUUUAUAACUUGAAAUGUGAACUUUUUUGGUUUUUUUUUUUUUAGGGUUAAGAACAAACUAUAUAAAUGUUAAAAAAAAAUUUAGAGUUCUGUUUUCAAACAUUCUAGUAGUUUAGCUGUUGUCUUUAGCUGCUUUGUAUCUGACGAGCUUUUUAGAUCUUGUUCCAUUUACAGUACAUUCUUGGGAUGUAUGUAGUAAAUAAAGCUUUCUCUAAAGCAAUUUCAA